AUGGAUAUGGCAAAGAAUAGAGGUUUCUUAUUCGUCGCAAAGAGGAAGGGAAAGGGUUGUGUGACUAAGACUGAGCAGCUAGGGUCACAGAAGCGACAUAAAAUUGAAUAUGAGGCAACUAUUCCUAUAAGAGGGGUCUCUUGUGGGAGGAUUGUUGAACAGAGGAGCCUGGUUAAUAUCAGGAUAGAAAGUCAAAUUACAGAGCGAGGACUUAAGUUUUUCUUUGAAAAGAUGGAGGGGUACAUUCUUUCACUCUAUCAUGAAUUUUAUGGUAGUUUGAGCUUUGUUGAUAGUGAGUUGAUGAUACUUAGGACUGCGGUUUGA